UCAAUUUGAAAUUAUAAAUGUCAUUGUCAUAUACAUAUGUUUGUGAAGCGUACCGUGUUAUCUCAAAAUUUUCUACAUAAGAAUAAUUAAGCAAAUUGAAAAGAGUACCCAAAUAGCAGUUUAUCACUAACGUAUUAAGUUUAAAAAAUCAAGCUUAUUCAAAUAUAUGAAGCGAGCCUUUAGUACUUUCCAUGCAUUACUACACAAUCCAAGGGAAAUAAUGUUAGGUACCAACUUAAUAAGCGAUUUUAACGACUUUAAAUUUAAAAGUCCUCCGAGUUAUGCUGAACUCCCUAUUAAUGAUAAUCCUGAAUAUAAUGUUCCGGUGGCCGUAAAUAAUGCAAUAUUCUCAAAGGUUCCAACUGAGCCACUCACAGGCAAGCUACAUUUAGUGUGUGUGUCUGAAGAAGCGCUAACUGACGUCCUAGACCUAGAUCCUAAGGUUUCAGAAAGUGAGGAUUUUAUUCAUUUUGUCAGCGGAAAAUAUCUACCGGAAGGUGGAUUAAGUGUGUCUCAUAGAUAUGGGGGAUAUCAAUUUGGAUAUUGGGCGGAUCAACUUGGUGAUGGCAGAGCUCAUAUAUUGGGAGAAUAUGUGAACAGCAAGGGUGAAAUCUGGCAACCCCAGCUCAAAGGCUCCGGUGAGACGCCAUACUCCCGCUUCGGCGAUGGUCGAGCCGUGCUCCGCUCGUCGAUACGCGAAAUGAUAGCGAGCGAAGCGUGCUACCAUUUGGGUAUACCGACCACGCGGGCUGGCGCCCUGGUGGUGAGCGACGAGCACAAAGUGUGGCGGGAUAAGACGUACAGUGGCAUGGCGAGGCAGGAACGCGCUGCGAUUGUCGUGCGACUGUCGCCCGCGUGGUACAGGAUCGGCUCCUUCGAGAUACUGUACAAGAGGCGCGAGCCGGAACUGGCGGGCAAGCUUGCGGAUUUUGUUAUUAAGCAUCACUUCCCGGAAAUAAGCCUCGACGAUGAGGACAGGUGUGUCAAAUUGUUCUCGGAGGUCGCUCACCGUAACCUGGACAUGGUGGCUGCGUGGCAAGGUAUAGGAUUCACGCACGGAGUAUUGAACACAGAUAACAUAAGCCUGCUCGGCCUGACCAUAGACUACGGCCCGUACGGGUUCAUAGACCACUUCUAUAAUCACUACGUGUCCAACUCUUCCGAUGAUAUGGGGCGGUAUGCGUAUAAAAUGCAGCCUGAGAUUAUAAUAUGGAAUCUGGAUAAGUUCGCCGAAGCGCUGGUGCCUAUACUGAAAGUGGAACAGAUCCAACAGAUACGAGAGAUUCAAGCGACGCUGGAUGAGUAUGUGGAGAGUAGAAUUAGAGAGACAUUUAACCUAAAGCUCGGUCUAGAAACUAAUAAAGAUGGCGAUGAAGUGCUCGCAAAGGACUUGUUGGGUUUGAUGCAAGCCACCAUGGCGGACUUCACGGCUACCUUCAGGCAACUGUCUGAGAUAAAUCUAGAUCAGCUAUGUGAUGAAGAUGCCUUAAAAGAACACUGGUCGCUGAUCAAAGUGAACAAAGCGAAGGGAUGGGACGACUGGGUGAAGAGGUACAGGGAGCGGAUUGACUUGGAGACUGUCAGCGACGAGACACGUAAAGCGAGGAUGGUCAAAGUGAACCCCCUGUAUGUGCCAAGAAAUUGGAUUCUGCAAGAGGCGAUCGCUGACGCUGAGAAAAAUGAUUUCAGAAAGGUGCGCCAUCUAUUGGAAGUAUUCAAAAACCCAUACACGGUGAAUGAGGAAGCGGAAAAACUCGGGUAUUCGUCGCAACCGCCCAGCUGGUCAUAUGGGUUAAAAUUAAGCUGUUCUAGUUAACUUGUGACCCCUCCCACAAGUCUUACUUAGUAUAGCAAACUUUAGAAGUUUCGCUUCAAAUGUUCUCAAAGUUCUCAAAGGCAAAUGUCAUAAUUCGAGACAAUUGCUUUUGUCUGAAAAUAUGUUAUAAAACUGGCUUCGAAGUAAUACUGGAUUCUAUUAAAUGUUCUUUUGUUGUAAUCUUCUUAAAUUGUCACAUAAAAAGAAAAAUUUAUUCAAAAUGGUUAUGGUAGUUU